AAUAUGGUGAAUAGUUUAAAACCUGAAUGUUCCUUUGCAUCAUGGUACCCCCAAUUUCGUAAAGAUUCCUUAAGGGCUACAAUUCUACACAUUCCUGAUGAAGUACUUAAGUACUUAGAACACGAUGCGUUUAUUUUGCCUGUUGAGGCAACAAAUUCUGAGUUACAGAAUGCAGAAUGGAUGGAUGGAUCUCCAGUAGUAAAUGAAGAGCAUUCGCUUGAUUUUCAACCAACAUUUCCACAAUUCAGUCAAAAAAUCCAAGAUGCUAUAGAUGAAUAUGGUGCAGUUUUUAUUAAAAGUAAUUGGAGUUCACCCUUGGAUGCAACUUGGGUUGCACCAACUAAAACACUAAAAUGUAAUACAUUAGAAGAAGUAUAUUUACUGCUAAAGAGUUCAGAUAGAAUUGCCAAAGAUUUAAAUAGUAUAAAAAGUUAUAUGGAUCAUGAAACUCCUGUGAAAUACUGUCUUGUAUUAAAACAAUGGAGAGAUAUUAAUCCGUGCACAGAAUUUCGGUGCUUUGUAAUAGAAAAUGAACUUAUAGCAAUUAGCCAACGAGAUAUAUCACAGUAUUACAGUUACAACGAAUCAGAAAAAUAUAAUAUCCAAACAGACAUCAAGAGCUUAUUUAUGGAACGUAUUAAAGAUAGAUUUCCAUUAGAUAAUUAUUCGUUCGAUGUUAUACGAUAUAAAAAAGAAAAAGUAAAAAUAGUUGAUUUUGGCCCUUUGGAUGACUCUGCUACAAAAGGAACUCUUUUUACAUAUGAAGAAUUGCAGAAUAUAAUAGAAAAUACACCGGAAUUCCGAUUUAUCGGCGAGGAAAUUGGUAUUCAACCAAAAGCUCCGAAUCACUUUUGUAUUCCACAAGAAAUAAACGAAUUUUUUAAAUCCACCGAAAGUUCUACAUUAUUGGACAUCAUUCAACGAGAAGUGGAAAGUCAACGGAAAGAAUAUGAAAGCACCAAUUCUAAUACCUUUAAUUCUAACGUGCGUUCUAAAGAGAAGACAAAUAAAUGA